AUGGCUUCCGUAAAGGUGAAAUGGGGCAAAGAAGUACUUCAGCUUACAGUAGAUCUUAAUAUCACCGUAAAGGAAUUUAAGGAGGAACUUCAAAAAACCACCAAUGUCCCAGUGGAACGACAAAAACUUAUGGGACUUAAACCCAGUGCGUUGAAUGACAGUGCAAGGCUACUGGAUGUUGGUGUAACAAAUGGUAAAACUGUAAUGCUCAUUGGUACAGCAGAAGCAUUGCCUGCUGUUAGUGCACCAACUUCUGAAGAAGGAAAACCAAGAACAACAACAACAACAACAACAACAAAACAGAAUGUUGACAAUGUCUCAUCGGUAACAAUUACACCGAAUGGAUUGAGAAACAUAGGAAAUACAUGCUAUAUGAAUUCAGCUAUUCAGAUGCUUCGUCUUGUUCCAGAAAUUCGAAGUGUACUUGAAUCCAAUAAUCACGUUCCACUUCUAUACCAGUUGGGUCAGAUGUAUAAAACACUGGAUGAAGUUCGUGAGACCUUUACACCUUUACUAUUUUGGAAUAGUUUGAUUGGGAGAUACCCCACCUUUGGAGAGCGUGAUGAUUCUGGAAGGCCAAUGCAACAUGAUGCUCAAGAAGCUCUCAAUGGUCUGGUUGAAAAUAUCACUAAUGUAUUGCCGGAAGAGGAAAAGAUUCUCUUUCGUGGCUUAUUGAAGCAAACUAUGACCUGUAAGAAUGAAGGUAAUUCCACACCUACAGUCCAAGAUAUACCAUUUCUCAUGCUUUCUUGUAAUAUUAAUACAGAGGUACAGACAUUGGAAGCUGGACUGGAGGCAGCUCUUAAUGAAACAGUAACACUACCAUCAGAAGGGGAUUCCGCUUCAACCGUUUACACACGGAUGAGUCGUAUCAGUUCUUUACCAGAAUACCUCUUUGUGCAUCUCGUUCGCUUUUCAUGGAGGGCUGACACACGUGUAAAGGCCAAGAUACUGAAGCCAGUAACUUUUCCCAUUGUUCUGGAUCUUUUUACAUUCUGUUCAGAAGAACUAAAGGAAACACUAAAGCCCGAACGUGAAGAAGUCAUGAAACGACGUGAUAAAGAGCUUGAUCGUCUCCGUGAACAAAAACAAAAAACACGAUUUGAAAGUGAAGGACAAACAGAAGAAACAACUUCUUCACUCACUUCUGCAGACGCAGCAGCAUCUAUUGGUAACAAAAGUGGAUAUUAUGAGCUUUGUGGUGUCAUCUCACACAAGGGACGAAGCGCUGACAGUGGGCACUACGUGUUCUGGGGAAGGCCUACUAAUCAAUGGAUGGUAUUUGAUGAUGAAAAUGUGGCUCCAGUAACUGAAGAAGAUAUAAAGCGGCUUCGUGGUGUGGGUGAGGGUCAUAUUGCGUAUGUAUUGAUGUAUCGUACACGUAAUCCAAUAACAAAGCAAACUACCCUGCCUCUAUAA